AUGUCCCUGUCCCUGUCCAUGUCUCUGUCCAUGUCUCUGUCCCUGUCCAUGUCUCUGUCCAUGUCACUGUCCCUGUCCAUGUCUCUGUCCCUAGAUCAAAGUGGAUGGUCAAAGAGAACAUUUGGGGUCUCAGUGUCCAGUGGAGACUGUCCUGAUCCUAACGAGGACAUCAUCGUCACAGAGAGCCUCAGUGGAGGACUCCCGUGUAAACAGACGGAGCUCUUCAGACUGAACGUUGUGACGAGUGUUCGCUGGAUGAAGGUCAGCAAGCAGAGCUGCAGUGUUUGGCUUACACAGGCUUCAGUGAGGAUGAAGAGAUUAUCAUGUUCUGGACCAUUAAUGAGUCGCUGAUCUACAACUACGAGGAGCUGACUGAGUCUUGGAAAUUCAUUACCAACAGGGGGAAGGUGUACGGUCAGUCCACUCUGUACAUCUCUAAAGUUCUGCAUCAGUUCCUGAACAUCCCCAUUCAAUGCAACAUCUUUAGCCCAGUUGAAAAGAAGUUUGGUUUGGCCUGGCUGACAGAAGCCGACAAAACCGACUUCUAUGUGACCGUCACUCUCUGCCUUUCCUGCAUCUUCAUUCUGCUUCUCGUCGCCUCCUCCUUCUUCUGUAAAAUCACCCUGAUUCUGUCAUACAGGAAGCUGACCAGACAUUUUUCCAAACCACAAGCAGUUUCAGAUGGAAAGUAUUAUGAUGCCUAUGUGAGCAUCAUCCAGUCAGACACCAUGAGCCUGAGUGGAACAACCAAGUUUGCACAGCAGAUCCUGCCUGAGGAGCUGGAGAAGAAACAUGGCUACACCCUAUACAUCAGAGGACGGGACGACUGCCCCGGAGAAGCAAUGCACGAUGUCAUCUCUGCCACGCUGCACCAAUGCCACAGACUGAUAAUCAUCUUGUCACCUGAGAGCAAAUCAAAGGAAACGACAACUUUGUGUGAAAACCAAAGGCAGCUCUUGUACGAGCAGGAAGUGGGCCUUCAUGACGCUUUGACUCGCAGCCAUCUUAAAAUUAUYCUGGUGGAAGUUGAUGGUCCGGUGGACUACAGUCACCUGCCGGAGUCGUUGCGUUACAUUAAAAGGAACCAAGGAGCUCUGAAAUGGAGAAAUGUCUUCGUCAGAACCAACAAACUCACAGUGUUCAACGCAAACAGAAACUUCUGGAGGAACCUGCUGUAUCACAUGCCUGCAGUACCUGUGAGACGUCAGACUGGUGCCUGAACAGACAAUUACUUUUUAUUUAUUUGGACCGGAUCCAACAAGAUGGUUUGGUUUUCAAAGGAACAUUGGAAAACUUUCCUAAUAUUUAAAUGCAGACCCAGUCUUUAAGCUGACGUUAUUUAUCACCUGGAAGCCUCAUCAGAAGGACUUUAAUGAAGCAAACAGUGUUGACUGUUUGGCUCAUCAGCAUUGUUGAAAUUUUACUAAAUGUCCACAGAUAAUGGAAACACAGUCAACACAUUUCUUUUUUUCAGUGUAAAAACCAUAAAAACAUAUUCAGUGUUUUAACCAGUGSUGGAUGCUGGUCUUUCAACAACAGGAAGCUCAGUUUGGGCCUACAUAAUAAAAUGUGUGGGUUAUAAAUU